AUGGAAUCGUUACCUUCUCCAUUUGGCGACCCAGCCAUAAACUUAUCGGAUUCGGAACUCCGAGAAACAGCUUACGAGAUCUUAGUCGCAGCUUGCCGGAGCACCGGAAGUCGUCCGCUGACUUACAUCCCGCAAUCGCCCAAGUCCGAGCGCAGCAACGGCGUGGCUACGACGGCGCUAUCGCCGUCGCCGUCGCUUCAUCGAUCUCUGACGUCGACGGCUGCUAGCAAAGUGAAGAAGGCCUUAGGGAUGAAGAAACGAAGCGGUGGAGGAGGAGGAGAAUCGUCGGGUCAAACGGAUCGGAACAAGAAAUCCGUCACGGUGGGUGAGCUGGUUCGGGUACAGAUGCGAAUUUCGGAGCAGAUCGAUUCGAGGAUUCGAAGAGCUCUUCUCAGGAUCGCUUCUGGUCAGCUUGGGAGGCGUGUGGAGACAAUGGUUCUACCUCUUGAGCUUCUGCAGCAGCUCAAAGCUACAGAUUUCCGAGAUCAGGAAGAGUACGAGUCAUGGCAAAGAAGAAACUUGAAGCUUCUCGAAGCCGGUUUGAUCUCACAUCCUUACCUUCCUUUAAGCAAAUCGGAUAAAUCUGCUCAGCAGCUUAAGCAAAUGAUCCGGUCGGGUCUCCAGAGGCCGUUAGAUACCGGGAAAGUCACCGGAGAGACGCAGAAUCUCAGGAGCCUUGUAAUGUCUCUCGCUAGUCGCUCCAACAACAACGGCAUCGGCGCAGAGACUUGUCACUGGGCUGAUGGGUUCCCUCUGAAUCUUAGAAUCUACCAAAUGCUUUUGGAGUCUUGCUUUGAUGUCAACGACGAGUUAUCGGUUGUGGAGGAAGUAGAUGAAGUGUUGGAGCUGAUAAAGAAAACGUGGCCUGUCCUGGGUAUGAACCAGGUGAUCCACAACGUUUGCUUCCUCUGGGUGUUGUUUAAUCGCUAUGUUACAACUGGUCAAGUGGAGAACGACUUGCUCGUAGCUGCACAUAACUUGAUACUCGAAGUUGAGACCGACGCAGUAGAGACGAAUGAUCCUGAGUAUUCCAGGAUCUCGAGCUCUGUUCUGAGUUUGAUUACGGAUUGGGCUGAGAAGAGACUUCUUGCUUACCAUGACACCUUCAACAUCGAUAACGUAGAGACGCUUGAGACAACGGUUUCUUUGGGGGUUUUGGUAGCUAAAGUAGCUGGUGAAGAUGUUUCUACAGAGUAUAAACGGAAAAAGAAGCAUGUUGAGUCAGGGCGUGAUCGAGUCGACACCUAUAUCAGAUCUUCCUUGCGUAUGGCCUUCUCGCAGACGAAGAAGAUGGUGGAACACAGGAAGCGGUCAAAAUCCCGCCAGAGCACGAGCACGAGCAAUCUUCCGGUUCUUGCGAUUCUCGCGGAGGAUAUUGGUCAUUUAGCAUUCAACGAGAAGGCGAUAUUUAGUCCAAUCUUGAAGAACUGGCAUCCUCUUGCAGCUGGUGUGGCUGCAGCUACGCUUCAUUCGUGCUACGGAACCGAGCUGAAGAAAUUCGUCUCGGGUAUCACCGAGUUGACCCCGGAUGCUAUCAGAGUACUCACCGCUGCAGAUAAGCUUGAGAAGGAUCUGGUUCAGAUUGCUGUUCAAGAUGCAGUAGACAGUGAAGACGGCGGUAAAUCGGUUAUAAGAGAGAUGCCUCCUUUUGAAGCAGAAGUCGUUAUAGGCAACCUUGUGAAGUCAUGGAUCAAGACCCGAGUCGAUAGACUCAAGGAGUGGAUUGAUCGGAAUCUCCAGCAAGAGGUAUGGAAUCCAAGAACGAAUAAACUCGGUAUCGCUCCUUCUUCUGUGGAUGUUCUGAGGAUGGUGGAUGAGACAUUGGAAGCGUUUUUCUUGCUGCCGAUACUUUUGCAUCAAGUUUUGCUUCCUGAGCUAACGUCAGGCCUCGACAAGUGUAUUCAGCAUUAUGUAUCAAAGGCGAAAUCUUCUUGCGGCUCACGGAAUACGUUUCUACCGGCUUUGCCUGCUUUAACAAGAUGCACGGUGGGGUCGAGACUACACGGUGUCUUCAAGAAGAAGGAGAAGCCAAUGGCAGCUUCUCAGAGGAGGAAAACGCAGCUCGGGACUAGUAAUGACUCUGCGGAAAUUCUUCAGUUCUGUUGCAGAAUCAACACUCUGCAGUAUGUCAGGACGGAGAUGGAAUCAUCCGGGGGCAAAACAUUGAACCGUCUCCCGGAAUCCGAAGUUGCGGCUUUGGAUGGUAAAGGCAAAAUCUUUGAACAGUCCAUCGGCGUUUGCUCCAAAGGAAUACAGCAGUUGUCUGAAGCAACUGCUUACAAGAUCGUCUUCCACGAUCUGAGCUACGUUCUCUGGGACGGUCUCUACGCCGGAGAAGUUUCGUCCUCGAGGGUCGAAUCGUUUCUUCAAGAGCUCGAACGGUGCCUUGAGAUCAUUUCGUCAUCUGUUCACGAUAGAGUGCGAACUAGAGUGAUUUCAGACAUCAUGAGAGCUUCUUUCGACGGGUUCUUGUUGGUCCUCCUCGCCGGAGGACCUUCACGUGGCUUCACGGUUCAAGACUCUGCUGCGGUAGAAGAGGAUUUCAAGUUUCUGUGCGAUCUUUUCUGGUCGAACGGAGACGGUUUGCCUUUGGAUUUGAUCGAGAAGGUUUCGACGACGGUCAAGAGUAUACUUCCGCUGCUGCGUACGGAUACAGAGUCUCUGAUCGAAAGGUUUAAAGCGGUGUGUCUCGAGAACCACGGUUCGGACAGAGGGAAGCUUCCGUUGCCGCCGACUUCUGGUCCGUGGAGUCCGACUGAAGCAAACACACUCUUAAGAGUUUUGUGUUACCGUUAUGAUGAGCCUGCGACCAAGUUUCUGAAGAAGACGUAUAACUUGCCCAGGAAGCUAACUUGA